AUGGAACUCGUACGACUGACAGUCUUCAGUAUCCUGGCAGCUCUGUCUGCAGCUGCUGUCAACCCCAUCAGAGAACACCCACACUCAGUUGUAGUCACUGAGGGACAGUGGGCCAACUUCUCCUGUGGCAUAAAACUCCCCGGCACCAUUAGAUGGAGGAUUGGAGACUUCACCAAUGAUGGCUAUGUCUACAACAGUGCAGGGAGUCUGCCUGAGUUGGAGGAAGUGACGGCCGAGAGAUCGUUUGCCCCUGAUAUUACAGGGAGGAUCCUCACUGAGACCAUCGGGGUACUGGCUACUGCUGAGAUGGAUGGAGUACCAGUUGAGUGUGUGUAUCGCCAUCCAAGGUUUGCCACGAGAGACAGCUACAGCAAAUUUGCCCUCAUCGAGGUGCACCCUGCAAACACCGGCUCUGGAGACCACACCGACUGCUAG